AGCUCCCAGCAUUGGCUACGCGGUCUCUUCUCGCUCCACCACCACCAUCAACCAACCACCACCACAACCACCAACCAACCACCACCUCCACGUCCUUCUCCUCUUCCGGACGGUGGACGGAUGCCGCUACCAACACCACCACCACCAACAACAACAACAACCACCACCACCACCGUAGCGCCGUUCGUUAAGGAGUGAUGUGGCAUUGCGUGCAUCAGCGCGUGGCAGUCCAGAAGCAGCAGCAGAAGCAGCAGCAGCAGAAGCAGCAGCAGCAGAAGCAGCAGCAGCAGAAGCAGCAGAAGCAGCAGCAGCAGCAGCAGCAGAAGCAGCAGCAGCAGCAGCCACCGGUUCCAUCAGUCCAAGGCAACAGCCACCACCGCUGCUGCUGCCACGGUCACGCAGUGAUCCUGGCCGGCUGGCUGUGACGAGGAGGCCAGGGGUCACUGUGUGGGGGAGGUUUGGUUGGAGACGAGCGGCUGAGUGGUUUAUACCGCGGUGGCUUUACCGGCUCCCUGUGUGGCUACCGACAGAGCGAGCGAGGCGAGGCGAGGGGCAGAGAGAGAGACGAGACGAGAGGAAGAACGCGGGGGGAGGGGGGGGGGCAGGGUUUGGUUUGAUGGGAGCUUCGGCCCGCGCUGCGAAUUUUCAAUUCUGGGAGUCGAUCGAGCCGAGAUGUGAGAGCCGCCGAUGACCGAGCGAGUGACCGAGUGACCUUGCUGGUUGCCGAGCGUGGAGGCUGGUCGUGACCGGGACGGGAGAUUUAAAACCGAAGCCUUUGCUUAAUAAUAAAUGCAAAAAGUCGACUGCAACGAAGACUCGUGGGAUGAAGCGUGAAUAGUCGGACAGCUUCGGCAGGGCGAGCAGCAGCAGCAGCAGCCGCAGCAGCAGCAGCAGUAGCAGCAGCAGCAUGCCAGACUCACCGGUGGACGUGAAGGUUCCAGCUCGCUCCAGCGCCACACCUCCAGCCAUGCCUCCACCUCCUGCCGCAGUCGCCCAAGGAGCCCCGCGAGCCAGCACCUACACGCCCACCGCCAUGAUCAACGGUGGCUCCAGCCACUCUCCCACCGCUGCCUCUAUCGGAGGGUCUCCCUCGUCCCCUCCGCACGGCUACCACGGACCCUCUCCCUCGCCCUCGUCUGGGUCCUCGUCCUCCUCCUCUUCGCUGUCUUCAUCGUCGUCGUCGUCUGCGUCACUCUCCUUGUCCGCCGCGUCAACACUCGGGCAGCAGCAGCAGCACCACCAGUCACAGCAUCACCACCAUCACCACCACAACCACCACAGCAACCAGCAGCAGCAUCAUCAUCAGCAGCAGCAGCAUCAUCAUCAGCAGCAGCAGCAGCACCAUCAGCAGCCGGUGCCGGCGGCUUGCGGUGCCAGGCAGCUGAGCAAGUUGAAGAGAUUCCUGGCGACGCUGCAGCAGUUCGGCUCCGACAUCUCGCCCGAGAUCGGAGAGCGAGUGCGAGGAUUGGUGCUCGGACUCGUGAACUCGAGUGUGACCAUCGAGGAGUUCCACUCAAAGCUGCAGGAAGCAACCAACUUCCCGCUGAGGCCUUUCGUCAUCCCCUUCCUGAAGGCCAAUCUGCCGCUCCUCCAGCGCGAGCUGCUGCAAUGCGCGCGAACCGCCAAGCUGUCCCCGGCUCAAUACCUGGCGCAGAACCAGUUCCUGCUACUUGACGUGGGCAUCCCUCCUGCUCCUCCUGCUGCGCCGCUAGCGCCCGGCGCGGGAACCUCGUCCCACGGUGGCGGCACGAUGGCGGGAUCUCACAACCACCACCACCAGCACCACCACCAGCACCACCAGCAGCACCACCACCAGAACCACCACCAGCACCACCCACCGCACCACGGGACCGCAACGACGCCGCACCACCACCACCACCAGCAGCAGCAGCAGCAGCACCACCAGCAACAGCAUCAGCAGCAGUCACCGUCGCCCUUCGACUCUGCCGAGCCUCUACUGGAGGUCAACGAGAAUGGGAAGAGGAUUCUGAGUGACAGGGUCAGCCGGGAAAAUGGGCUGGGCCACGAUGCGCCGAGCAGCAAGCGCCUGUGCCCUCCGCUCGCUCCCCCACCGCCGUCCAUCGGCGGCGGCGGCAACGGGCCGCCUCUCAACGGCUCGUCCGCUUCCUCCCACAAUGCCCUGGCCGCUCUGGCCUCUCCCUGGCGCUGGCUCCUCCAGUUAGCCCCGAGUGGCGGCGGCGGCGGCGGCGCAGGGGUCGCGGGGUCGACGGCGCAGCGCCCGGCGUCGAGCGGAGGGGUCCACGGCCAGUCGGCGGUGGUGGGGCUGUCUCAGCCGGCGACGUUGUAUUCGCUGGGCGGCGGCGGCGGUGGCGGCGGGCACCACAGGCGGGCGGAGGAGAUGGCGCACGGAGGGAGGGCGGCACACAACAUCCCGCACGGAGGGGCGGCCAUGGCGGCCUCGCCGUCCGGGCUCUACCGGGACGCGGCGUGCGAGAUGCGGGAGCACCGGGAACGGCACCACUCGCUCGCCCUGCCCGUGUCACGUCCCGAAGAGGUGAUCGACCACCGCUUGACGGAGCGUGAGUGGGCCGAGGAGUGGAAACACCUCGACCACCUACUCUCCUGCAUCCUCGAGAUGGUGGAGAAGACGCGGCGCGCCAUCUCCGUCCUCCGCCGCUGCCAGGAGACCGACCGGCAGGAGCUGGCACGCUGGGUACGCCGCUGCUGCUCCGAGGAGGCCGCCGACCCUCCCGGCGCCGGCGCCAGUGCCGGCCCCGUCGGCAAGAAGAACGGCCUGGGCCAUGUCGCGGUCGGAGGCUCCGGCUCCACGCUCGGCUCCGGGUCCGUGUCCGGGAUUUCCAAGCAGCAGCAGCAGCAGCUGGCGCCGGUGGUGGCAGCCGUCUCGUCGGGCGGGCUGGCGUCGACCGCGUCGCUGCUUCUGCUGGACACGCACCAGGAAUUCUUGUCGAGGCCAGGAACGCGCUACAUGCCCGAAGAUAUCUGGAGAAAAGCAGAGGAGGCGGUGAACGAGGUGAAACGGCGGGCCAUGUCGGAGCUGCAGAAGGCCGUGUCGGACGCGGAGAGGCAGGCGCGCAGCACCAUCGAGGGGGAGCGCGCACGCAUGGAGCGGGCGCUCGCAGACGCCAAGCGGCAGGCGGCCAGUGACGCCAUCGCCAUCGUGGCGCGGCAGGACGACUCCAGCGAGAGCUGCUGGAACUGCGGCCGCAAGGCGAGCGAGACGUGCUCGGGUUGCAACACGGCACGCUACUGCGGCGCCUUCUGUCAACACAAGGACUGGGAGCGCCAUCACCACGUUUGCGGGCAGCGGCAGCAGCAGCAGCAACCACAAAAGGAACAACAUCGUCAUCAUCAGCGUCAUCAUCAGCAGCAACAACAACAGCCCAAGGUUGAACCAUCUCCACAACCCUCAGCUGACCUCAUCGUUCAAACGGCCGGAUCGGUCAAAGGAGGUGGAGGAGGAGGAGGCGGUAGCAGCAGCAGCGGCGGCGGCGGAGGUAGGGUUGGUGGUUCACCGGAUGAUGGGGUUAUCGCCGCCGCUGUCUCUGCCCCGCCGCCACCGCCACGACCCGACUCGCCGAUCGUGGUGGAGAGCGCAGCGGCGGCGUCUCGCUGAGUUGUGGGCUCCUUGGCCCCGUUCGCCCGCACGACGGCGGCGGCGGAGAACGAUGUCUGGCCCGCCCGCUGGGCCUACCGGGAAAUGAACUCGUUACGUUAUAAACAAACAAACAAACAGAAACCGCGUGCAGCAGGGUUGUUUUUGGUUUUUGUAAGGGCUUCAGCUUUUUCUUUUUUACACACUUCCGUUGAUUUGUUGAGGAGUAGAGAGAUGUUUCGUUGUUGUUGCUAUUGUUGUUGUGGAAUCUUGUUGCAUUCUAGGAAAGGCUCAGGCGGCUGUGGACAAGGCCUCGGCCUAGAUUUUGCAUUUCCAUGACAACGAAAAAUCCCCCUUCCCGACACU